CGCGGCCCCAGCCCCGCCAGCAUGGCGGGCCGGACCGUGCGGGCCGAGACCCGGAGCCGGGCCAAGGAUGACAUCAAGAAGGUGAUGGCGACCAUCGAGAAGGUCCGGAGAUGGGAGAAGCGCUGGGUGACUGUGGGAGACACUUCCCUUCGCAUCUUCAAGUGGGUGCCAGUGGUGGACCCCCAGGAGGAGGAGCGACGGAGGGCAGGUGGCGGGGCAGAGAGAGCCCGAGGCCGAGAGCGGCGGGGCAGAGGUGCCAGCCCCCGAGGGGGUGGCCCUCUCAUCCUGCUUGAUCUCAAUGAUGAGAACAGUAACCAGAGUUUCCAUUCAGAAGGCUCCCUACAAAAAGGCACAGAGCCUAGCCCUGGGGGCACCCCCCAGCCCAGCCGCCCUGUGUCACCUGCCGGGCCACCAGAAGGAGUCCCAGAGGACACUCAGCCUCCACGACUGGGCCAGGAGAGAGAUCCCGGAAGCAUAACAGCAGGUGGCACUGAUGAACCCCCUAUGCUGACCAAGGAGGAGCCUGUUCCAGAAUUGCUGGAGGCUGAGGAUUCAGGAGUGAGAAUGACAAGGAGAGCCCUCCACGACAAAGGCCUGAAGACAGAGCCCCUCAGAAGGCUCCUUCCCAGGAGGGGCCUCCGGACAAAUUCCCGACCCACGAUGCUCCCAGAUACCAGAGCACCCGGGGGAGGGAGCAAGACCCCAAGGGCACCCAGAACGAUCCCCCAGGGGAAGGGGAGGUGAGCUGGCUCCCCAGGCAAGGUGGGGCCCUUAGGUCCCCCUUGGCCACACCACGAUCCAGAUUCACACCUGAGCCCGAAGGGUGGAACGGGCUUCCUGGCUCACCUACGUAGGAACUUCGAGGGCAAGCCUGCACUGUACUGAAGAUCACGGCACCCAUCCUGCCAACUCCCGCACAGCCAACAGGCCCACUGGCACCCUAAAUGUGGGACAGGCUUCAGACACAACUCGGCCCACUUCCAGCACCUGAGGACGCUUCAAUGCCAGAGGCCCUCCUGGAGUGAGGAGUGGGCAAUGUGCCCACCUCUUCCGGCACCAGGCACCAGCCUUGCUCUCCUGCCAGCGGCCCCAGGCGUGCCUGCCUCCUGCCCCUUCUAUCCCAGAGCCUGGCCCUCCAGGGCAUCCACCUGGCUUCCCACCUCCAGCCUCCCAUGGCACCAGGAUGCGCCUGAAGGGCCGCUGGGCGCCAAAGCACCACCCUACCUUCCCCCUCACCCUCCACUUCCUCCUCACCCUGGGGUUACCCCAGCGCCAUUGGCUAUAAGGGCUUAUUUGAGCUGGGUGCCCAACUUGCCAGUCUCCUGGGAACCCACAUGAAUAACAGGCCUUCCAGCCAAGAGCCCCGUCGGAGUGGGGAGGGCAGCUUGAGCAGUGGGGAGGCCCAGGAGCUUCUGGUGCAGCCCUGAGCUGGCUCCCACAGUCCUGGAAAAUCCCCACCAGGAGGAGGCCAAAGGCCAACCUACCCUUUGAAGCGAUCCAAGGGCUCUCACAAAGCUCUUGGCUUCCACUGCUCUUGGUGGUCAUACUAGGAAGAAAUAGUCUUCCAUUUACCGGGGGCUCAUUCUGUGCCAGGCAUUGUGAUUUAUGAAAAUUAUCUCAUUUAAUCCUCACAACAUCCCUAUGACAUUGAUGCUCUCAUUAUCAACGUUUUUACAGAUGGAGAAACAAAGUCUCAGAGAGGUGAAGGGACCUGCCCAAAGUCACACAGCUGGUCUUUGUGGCAGAACCAGCAUUCAGGCCCAUAUCUCCCUGCUUGACUCCCCAACCCACCCUACUGCACCGCUUCUCCCACGGCACACGAGUCAGGGUGCGCCCAGGACAGGCAUCCUUUAUGGAGUGGCCACUUUCCUCAGUCAUGAUUAUAUAAAACAGUUUUUAUACUAAAGUGAGCGGAUUCUCCCUGAAUGAAAAUUAAUAUUUGCACCAGUGAAUGAGAUGAAACUUGACUCAGAAAUUUCAUGCUAAGGCCAAUCCUUCAGGCUCAGCCCAUGGGCUCCUGAAGUGACUUCACUGGGUUGCUUGGGAAGUUCAUCCAGUUCCUCUGGAAUCAGGCCUCCUAAUUCAACAAGAGUAACUGCACGAUAUGUAAUCAUGGGCUGAAAAUGACAAUUUAAGGAUUUGUUUCCAAAACUUAUAAUUUCUUGGAACAUCAUUCAUAGAAUAUUCAUAGAACAUCAUUCAUAGACCGAUUAGUAGUGUAUUUGUGAAAGUGAUUCACUGUCACCGCAGUGAAUCACUCCUCUGCACUCCCAUCCCAAGUUCCAGAAUGUCUGCCUUAACCUUAGGUCCCCUGUGUCAGCAUUUCCUUCUCCCGCUUUCUACUUUAUGCUACUUGAUUCCUUCAACCCAGGAUGGCUCCUGUUUGAUUGUUAAGCAAUACGUCUCUCAGGAGACUUUCCCCAUUUUCCCAAUUUCUUGACUGAUUAUUCUUGAGAUUCAGAAAAACGAAUGCCCCAAAAGUGUCAGGGAAGGACUUCCUAUAUAGAUUUAGUUUUCUGGGCUGAGCAGGACCAGCCAGGCAAGUAGACUGCAGAAAUGGCUACUUAGCACAUCAUCCAGCCCAGCCACUGAAGGUUCAUGAGCCAGGAGGACCAGGUAUGGAUCCAAGCUCUGCCAGUUCCUGGCUGUGAGACCUUAGACAAGUCACUUUACCUCUCUGAGCUUCAAUUUAAUGGGUAGAAUGAGGCCUGACAAGUAACAUACUUGCUUUGUGAGGCAGUAUUAUAGAGGGUUAAAAGUAUGACUUUUGGGUCAGAUGAAGGUUCAGAUCCAUUACUUACUACCUCUUUGAUUUGGGGCAAGUUCUAACUCCUUUGAGCCCCAUUAUCUCUUCUAUAAAAUGGAAAAGCUGAGCCCAUUUCAUAGGAUGUUGUGAGUUUAAGUGAGCUCACAUAUGAAAAUACUUCCUACAGAGCGUGGCAGUUGUAAAUGCUUGAUAAAUGCGGACCAGUGUUGUUAUCUGCUGUAUCUACCUCCCAGGGCAUUUGAGAGGAUGAGAGGGAGACUGUGUUGUGGAAGCGCUUUCUACGGCCGGGAAAUGGCAUCCACACACCUCUCUUUUCAUUAGAGAGGGGAUGGUCAGAUAGUAGUGGUAUCUCUGCGCAAGUCGCCUGAGGCUUCGUCCUUAGAUUCACAGAGCAGAGCUGUGUUGAGAUGUCUCCCAGGUUUCCUGGAAAACAGGGUUUAUUUGCAAUCAAGCAGGCAAAUCCAGCAUCCUCUGACUUGGGGGCACACUUGGGGUGCAGGAAGAAAGUCAGUUUUCAGGAGGAAGCUCUGGAGAAAGGACAGUGUUCAAUGGAACCUGCACACCGUAUGCUUUUUAAAUAGGGGCCGGGGCAGGGAAGGAGACAUGUAAUAGAAGGUGGAGGCGGCUCUUUGACGCUUGUCUCAAGUUCUGUUGUUGGCUGAUUUUAGGAAACUUCUUAGCAGGAACCAGUGCUUCCUGCUCCUGCUG